UUGUAAAGCAUUUGUUGCCGACGUCUAGCAAUGACCGCGUAGUUGUAAUGUACUCAGUGUACUUUCAACAUCAGUUUUUUGUCAUGUGAAAUACCUUUGUCCGCAGAGGGGGUGGAGUAGCUUCGGCUCUUCAGUGUUGAAGCAACUUUUAAUAUUGAUGGUCAUGUGCAUCAACGUUUAGGCGGUGUGUCACGUCCGAGACUACGAUGCGCAGCAAUAUUUUGAUCAGUUGCGUGCUUAUCAACAUUGGCAUUCAGUGGGGCUUCUUCGUGGUUUCCGCGUUGCUCCGGACCGAGCUCCUCUUCGAACUAGUCGGCUCGUGCACGUGUGUGCUGCUGGCACUGUUGAGCUACUUCUGGGGCAGCCGUUCCCUCCGUCAGAGGAUCCACACAUGGCUGGUCGUGCUGUGGGCAAUCAGGCUUGGCCUAUACCUCUUUGCUCGCAAGCUACGGCACAGCCAAGGUUCACAGGAAGCUGUACCACCACGACGACGGAAAUUUUUUCUCUUAUGGACUCUGCAAGCCCUGCGCACCUUGGUGACCCUCUUCCCUACGCUUCUUCUGAACACAAGCUCAUGGGCCGACUUGCCGCUGGGCGUACGCGACCUGGCAGGCUGGCUGCUGUGGCUGGUGGGCUUUGUGCUGGAGAUAGUGGCCGACCACCAGAAGGCCACCUUCCAAGCAGACCCCAAGAACGAGGGUCUCUUUAUACGGACAGGGCUGUGGAGUGUGUCACGGCACCCAAACUACUUUGGUGAGAUACUCCUCUGGCUUGGCCUGUACCUGUCGGCCAGCUCUGUGUUCCGACGGACCGAGUACCUGUGCGUGCUAUGUCCCAUAACAGACCUGCUGCUCAUCACCCGCGUCACUGGAGUGCCGAAGCUUGAGCAGGCUGCCUUCCGCAAGUGGGGCAACGACCCUGCCUACCACGAGUACCUGCGCUCAACUGCGGUGCUGGUACCUUUCUUGUGGUAGUAGUAAUUCCCGAGUUCCACAAUGUGAUCACGAUACAGUACGAUACCUCGCACAGCUUUCCCUUCCACACCACAGCAAGACGUCUUACAAACCUAACAGCCUUGGUUUACGAAAGGUAUGAUGAGCUCUACAGGGUGCUUGCAGGAGUUACCUAGCAGGGAAGGUCAACCAUGUUCCCAUGGCAGCGUGAAUGUUGAGUGCCUUGGGAUAGCUGCAGCUUGAAUGACAAUUCAGUGUCUUGUGAGAGGCCAGAAUGCGUUGUACUAUACACAGCUGGAGCAACAGCUCAUCUUUGCCAUUCCUCAGCCAGCUACCUGCCUCAAUAAAUAUCAAGCAGCUGGCUAUUAACUAUCCUCUGCCUGCAGGACCGCAGAAUAUUCCAGACACACUUGGCGAGGAGAGUGUUGACCCGAGGCACUAACAUGAUAGAGGCGGUACAGAUCUUUGCUCAGCUCUUUUAUGUACAGAUCUAAUAAGCAGCAUGCAGUGAGUUGUGUGGUUGUCUGCCCACGUAAACUGUAGCAUUGCAAUAUUGGUCGUCCUGUAGUCUUGACUAACCACUGGAAGUGAAGUGCUGGUAGUGAAUGGGUCUCAAUAAGGUAAUCUUGCUUGACUGUGAAAAGCAUCUGCGAAAAAAGUCAUAAAUACGCACAGAGAAAUAUAGGCGUCUGUAUUAGUUGUCCGUAGCCAAAUGAAUGGCCCUGAAGUGCCUGAUUGAGUUUCUACAUGGCGUUAGCCCCAGUUGUGGCCAUGUGUACGUAACACAUGAUAGUCUUCAGUGCUCUGGCUUAUCAGUGAGCACACAAGUUUACCAAAUGACAGGAGAGGACUGCUGCAGCGAUCAGUACUGCGAGUGCUGUCUCACUAUAUUGAGACAAAAAUAAGACUUGCAGCGUGUGUAACGCAUUCACGAGACAGCACUGACAGCUUUAGCACCUCUUGUAAUUUAGCCACUGCUAUUUUUUUCACAAUGGCAUGAAAUGAACUUUGUAGAGGAGCACUUUACAUGGCACAAGCGAUAUACUUACCACUUUAAAGCAGUCUUUGCACCUUUUCAGAGAACAAAUAGACUAAUGUAUGUACAGAAAGUGUAUAAAAAACCUAUAAUAAAUGUUUGUGUAAAAUGACUAUCCAAAAGUAUUCUACAAAUUGCAAGUCUUUUACAACAGUUACGAGAGCUGGAUAUGUUUGCUAUGUGGCCUCGAGACUGUUUAAACACCUGAAUCAAGCCAAUGCCAUGCACAUGGGCAAACAUGGAAUAAAAGAUUGUUUCAA